AUGAUUAACUGCCAUCAUGAAAAGGAUUGCUUGUUGACUGACCCGUCUCAAGUCAAUAAGGUUAUGGUGGAAGAUCCUCAUCGAGUGGUUAUUCAUUGUGACCAUGUAAAGUCACAAAUGGCUGAUGUCGCCGAUGAGAUUAAUGCCACUAAGGUCUAUGAGUCCAAAACCUAUGAGGGUAGGAUGGCAUCAUUGGAAUGGAGAUCGUCCCAAAGGCCCCACAAGGCUUUCAAGGCUGCGGUCAAGAGAGCUAAGAGGUUGGAGUAUUCGCUAAAGAGAAGAGGUGGCCAAGAACUGGUGGAUGCUUAUAGUGACCAGUUCAAGCAAUGGCUUGAUAAUGGGUUUAUCCGUCCUGUCGACAAUGAGGAGGUGAAGCAUUUUUUGUUUCAUCACCCUGUGAUAAGGGUGGGUCAUCCUACUACUCCUGUGCGACCCGUGAUAAACGGACAAUCUCUAGAUCCUUAUCUCCGUGAAACUGAGUGUGACAUGUUACGUAUAGUAGAUAUUGUCACUCAGUGGAGACAAAGUGAUAAGUGGGUAACUAUGGACCUAAGCAAGGCUUUCCUCCGUAUUCAAAUGCGGAAGGAAGAUCAGCCUUACCUAGGUAUAUAUUGGGAUGGUACCAGUUACGUCUUCAACGUUCUUCCGUUUGGCCUGGCCAUGAGUCCUUCAUGGCUUACGGCCAAUGUGAAAGAAGUAUUGCGACGAGCCUCUGAAGACCCACACUUUGUGG